CAACAGUUCUUCAAAUUCUUGUUCUCAUAUACAUCGUAUCUAUGUGAGAUAUAGCAAGUCAUGCCCGACUCAUUCAAGGUCUCUGCCGAGGUCCAUCGUCAUUUCUACCAACAUACACUAAAAACAUAUCUCUUUGCCGAGUUUCACCGUUAGUUUUCCAUGCAACAAGGUUUAAUUCAUCCGUAGAGUAAGAAUUUACCGGUUAUCUCGGACAAUUCAACUCGUUUAUCGAUACUUUCGAUGUUCUUGUCAGGUACGUACAGUAUAAGACUCUACGAGGUCUUCUCUUAAUGGAAAUCUUACUUUUAUAACAAUGUCCCUCGACAGUCUCAGCCUCACCAAAACUCAUCACCACGAUACAUACCCAGCCAUCUCCCCGACCAAGCCGUCUCUCAGCCAAACUGGUCGGGCAGUUCUCAUCACAGGAGGUAGUGGCGGGAUAGGCUUUGAAAUCGCUCGGUCGUUUGCUAAAGCAGGUGCUUCCAAGAUCAUCAUUGUAGGCCGCAGGAAUGCGGUCUUGGACGCUGCGGCAGCUACAUUGCGAGAGGAAUUCAGAGACUCAACGACUGAAUUCAUUGCUCGACAAGGAGAUAUUGGAGACGACGCUUCUAUAUCCUCCCUCUGGGAUUUUCUAAACUCUCAGAAUAUAUUUGUACGCGUAUUGGUGCUCAAUGCUGCUCAUGUCUCCCCAUGGGGACUUGACACGCUGAAAAUGGAUAAGCGAGUGAUCAUGGAAGGUUUCGACGUCAAUAUCGGUGGUAAUUUUCUUAUGACGGUCAAGUUUGUCAACCAACUCUUGCGCCCCUCGGGUCAGCAGCUCAAUCUGAUCAAUGUCUCGACGCUUAUGAUUCAUGUAAUUCCUGCACCGAAUCAGACCCCAUACUCGACAACAAAAUCGGCUUCCACUGCGCUUUUUGGAAGAAUUGCUGAUGAACACCCCGUCGAGGAUAUCCAGAUCAUAAUCUACCAUCCAGGAAUGCUUUAUUCGGAAGGGGUUGCCAAGGUUGCAGAUGAAGAUUUAGUCAACUGGGAUAAAAUGGCAUUACCAGCAGACUAUGCUGUCUGGGCGGCGUCCCCGGAGGCGUCCUGGUUACAUGGUCGCUUCGUAUGGGCGCACUGGGAUGUUGAUGAAUUGAAAACAAAUAAGGAGUUCUUGAAGAGAAUGGAAGAAGAAAAGGGUUUCUUGAGAGUUGCGGUGCAGGGUUUGAAGGAGAUUUCUGUGGAGGCAUUCUUGAACAAGUAGGGUCUCUAUUUACGUGUUUCGUAGUUACAAUUUGCAUAAU